UGAUUUAACAAUUAAUAUUAGUUGACUUAUUAUUGUAUUAUUAGUGUUGGAAAUUGGUUAGAUGCAAAAAAUUCGAAUUCUUUUCAUUUUCGACAAUAUCAAAACAUAUUUAAACACAAUAAAUAUCUAGUCGUUAAUCGUAGUCAUCAUUGGCAUUAUCUAUGUAUUGAUCAUGUUGCCUAAGAAACAACCAGUAAAUGAUGAAAUUGUAUCAAAUAAUGAAAUUGUUUCCUCUUCUUCUUCCUCCUCAGCAUCAGCGUCAUCAUCAUCAUCAUCAGAAUUUGAUCCAAAUUUCAUCGAAAAACUUGCCAUUUGCUUGUUUAAUAACCCGGUGAUUUUGUUAUUAUGGAAAAAUUUUAAAAUCAAAAGCCGUCAUCCAUGUCGAUCAAUAUUCUGGUUGUUAGUACCAUGUAUUUUCUGCAUCAUAUUAGUCUUGAUUCAAAUGGUAGCCGAUCAAGAAUUUGUCAAAAACACGACUAUAUAUAAUGAACAUGGUAUUGAUGAAGAUUUGUCCACAAUUGCAAUUUCUGAUAAACAAAUUCUAUAUGCUCCGUUAACUAAUGAAACUGAAGAAAUCAUGGAAAUUCUGCACAAAAACAUAGUGACCACUGAAAUAAUUGGAUUUCACAAUGAAUCCGAUCUAAUCGCUUAUUAUGAGAGAAACAACAACAACAAAAUUUCUUGUGCAAUUGUAUUUAAUCGAAUUAAUUAUGAUGGUGCUGAUUUCAAAAUUCGUUUUCCAUUCAUUCCAAAUCAGAAUGGUAAUAGUGUGUCUCGAUUUAUCGAAUUGACUUGGAAAACAUCAAAAUACUGGCCACGGCACGUGUUGAGUGGUCCAAGAUCAGCGAACAAUAGUUAUGGUGGACCACCAGAUUAUUUCAACAAUGGAUUUCUGUAUAUACAACAUGAAAUCAGCAAAGCAAUAGCCAUCUAUUUUGAUCCUAAAAGUGAAAAUUUUUUUGAUCAACUUCGUAUGUCCAUCCAACGAUACCCGUUUCCGAAAUAUCAGAAAAACGAUUUUCUCUUUUACAUGGAAAUUGUUUUUCCAAUAGUCUUUUUGUUAAGUUUUCUAUCCAUCUCGAUGGAGUUAACCAAAGACAUUGUGAUGGAGAAAGAAUUACGAUUGAAAGAAAUAAUGAAAAUAAUGGGUCUACGCGAAUGGAUGCAUUGGCUAUCCUGGUUUAUUUAUGCUUUUUUAUGGCAUACUUUAUUCGGCAUAAUCAUAACAUCGAUUCUCUGUAUUCCAUUUGGCAAACAAGCUAUACUCAAAUACAGUGAUCCAUUUUUAGUGUUCCUAUUCAUCAUGUUUUAUGUCGUUUCUGUAAUAACGUUUUGUUUUCUGGUGAGUAGCAUACCCAAAAUAUCAGAAAAGGCUGAUUUUGCCGGAACAAUCGGUGGUACCAUUUACAUUCUCUUAUUUUUACCAUAUUAUUUUAUCAACUUUAAUUAUGACGAAAUACCAUUUGAAUGGCGAUUAUUCUCAAGUUUUUUGUUCAACAUAAACAUGCCAUUUGGAUUGAUGAUAAUUUCUGAGCUAGAAAUUAAUCAUAUCGGUCUUCAUUGGAACAACAUUUGGGAGCCAAUAGCACACGAUGAUCCAAUGACAUUUGGUUAUAUAUUCAUCAUGUUUCUAGUGACAUCAGUUGUACAAUUUAUCACUGCUAUUUAUAUUGGAGCCGUAUUUCCAGGAAAAUAUGGAAUGGGCAAACCAUGGAAUUUUUUUGUCAAUUUUUUUUAUCCAUCAAAUGAUUACCAAAAAGAUGAAGAAAAACCGCUAGAUUCUAAUGGAGUUCAUAUAAUAAAUUUAUAUAAAUCGUAUGAUGACCAGAAAACAUUUGCCGUUAAAAAUUUGACGUUGAAUUUGCCACAAAAUCGCAUCACUGUUCUAUUAGGACAUAAUGGAGCGGGAAAAACCACUUUGAUGUCCAUGUUAUGUGGUUUAAUCAUUCCUAGUUGCGGUACAAUCCUCAUUAAUGGAAUAAAUCUCCAUGAUGAUAUGGAACGUGUGCGUGAAAAUCUUGGAAUAUGUCCACAAUUUGAUGUUUUAUUUGAUCAUCUUACUGUUGAAGAACAUUUAUGGUUUUAUUGCAAAUUGAAAAAUGUUUGUGAGAAAUCUAUUUACGAGGAAAUUGAUUCACUGAUUAAUAAAUUGGAUCUAAACUCCAAAAGACGAAAUUUGGCUUCUACGCUGUCCGGUGGUAUGAAACGUAAACUUUCGGUUGGAAUAGCUCUGGUAGGUGGGUCCAAGUUUGUCUUGUUGGACGAAGCUACAUCAGGAAUGGAUGUUUCAGCUCGUAGAUUCCUAUGGGAUUUCCUAAUCAAAGAAAAAACUAACCGAACAAUCCUCUUCUCUACACAUUGCAUGGAAGAAGCUGAUGUCUUAGGAGACAAAAUUGCCAUUAUGCAGCAAGGACAACUCAAAUGCUUUGGAUCACCAUACCAAUUACGUAAAGAUUUCAAGCUGGGUCAUCUCUUAAAGAUUGCAAUAACAAGGCAAGCAAAUAAGCAAAAAAUCAUCGAUUUGAUCAAUUCACACAUCAUUGAUGCCAACCUGUUGGCUUCAAGCAAUAAUGAAAUGACAUUCAGUUUGCCAGAGUGUCAAUCUAAAAAUUUUGGACCACUAUUCUUGACAAUCGAACAGAAUAACACUGAUCUAGGCAUCGAUCAUUUUGGUAUUUCUGUUUCCACAAUCGAAGAGGUCUUUUUUCGGGCCAAUCAAUUUCAGCUGAAUGACAUUGAUUCAGAACAAAAAUAUUCACAAGAUCUAAUUGAUCGAAUGAAACAUAAUUCAUUGGAACAUAGCAGUGAACUGGCACAUUUGAGGCAAAUUUUUCAAAGUCAAUUUGUCAAAAAAUUACGGUUUCUGCUACGAAGUCCUUUUCUUUUAGUUGCACAUUUUGUUCUUCCCGCAAUCGUUCUUAUUAUUGGCAUUAUUAGUGCCAUGGGUGUGGCUCAUAGCUUGACAAGUUCACCUGCGUUGCUUUUAAAUCUUGAAACUUACCGACAAAUACAUGCGACAUCAUUCUUUUCACUUGAUUCCGAAUCAAUCGCUUUAGGACAAACAUAUAUCGAUCUAUUGAAAGAAAAUUCAAAUGUUAUAACAAAUAACGUAUCAUCUGAAACGACUGACCAAAUCAAAUCAAAAGCUAUGAAUUAUCUUAUUGACCUUCGACAAAAUGAUCUGAACUAUAGAGCUUUAAAUUAUCUUGUUUCAUCAAUGUUUUCGCGAAACAACGAUGAAAUUUCUGCUGUUGCCUUGUUCAAUAAUCAUGCUUAUCAUUCGGCAGCCAUUGCCGUUGCUUUGGUUGAUGAAACAUUAUUACGAUACAGUUUGAAUCGAAGUCAAUUUAAAUUAUCCAUCUGGAAUGAUCCAUUUCCAAAGAAAAUUAGUGAAUCAAUUAAAGCCCGAGAAUUUGAUUCAGUUUUUCAAACACAAAUAAUGAUCUGUUUACUUGCCUCAAUAUGCUUUCUGAUGGCCAGUUUUUCAUCAUUAUUGGUCAUCGAAAAAUCUUCAAAUUUUAAACUAAUUCAAAAGAUUUCUGGCCUGAAAAUGUUCUACUAUUGGAUAAGUACUUUUAUUCUGGAUUUUUUCAUCUAUUUGAUAUCGGUGUUAAUACUUGCUUUUAUACUAUACAUUUUUAAUGUGAAAGCAUUUGUUUCAUUGAAGCAUCAAUCAUUUAUGAUGAUAUUGCUUUUGCUAAAUGGUUUAUCAUCGUUACCUUUCAUCUAUUUAAUGUCAGGAAUAUUUAAGAAUCCUCAUAAAGCCUAUGUUCAAAUUGCAUUGUCUUUUUUCUUCAUUGGUUUCAGCACUUUUAUCACUGUUCUUUUAUUACGUAUCGGUGAUUUUAAUCUAUUUUACGCAAGUGAAUUUUGUGAUACAUUAUUUUCUUACAUUUUUUCAAUUUAUGCUGUCAUAAUGGGCAUUUUUUCCAUUUAUGAUAAUUUUGUCGGUCUUGAUGUUUGUUUUUCCACUUAUAAUGUGAUGAACAUGACAAUCGAUAUACAAAAAAUUUGCCAAACACCAAACAUUCCAAACUUGCCUGUUCAAAUUUUAUACUGUUGUAAAGAGAUUUGCACCAAGAAUUGCUUCCGAUAUAAUGAAAAUUAUUGGAGCAUGGAAACACCUGGAAUCGGCAAGUAUGUUAUUGGUUGUAUUUUUCUUAGUUUUGUAUACUGGUCAGCUUUGAUAAUCAUGGAAGGUCCAAUCGGAAAACAGCUUAACAAAUUAGUGAAUUAUUUAAACAAAGAAAAAUGGGCAAAAACUAACCAAGUGAAAUUUAAUCAAAAAAGCAUCUCAAGUUGUAAAGAUGAUGAUGUAAGAGCUGAAGAAAUUCGAAUUAUGGCUAAACACAAUGAAAUGUUUGAAACUCAUGGAAUGAUUGUCAAAAAUGUUUCGAAAAAUUAUGGCCGUUUAAGAGCUGUAAAGAACAUUAGCUUUUCGGUCGAAUGGGCAGAAUGUUUUGGUAUGUUGGGUGAAAAUGGAGCCGGUAAAACAACGACAUUCAAAAUGAUAACCGGUGCAUCAAAAUUGACCAGCGGUGAUAUUUGGAUCAACAAGUGGAAUAUUAAAGAAGAAAUAGACAAAGUAUUCAAACACAUUGGAUAUUGUCCACAAUUCGAUGGUCUUCUCAAUGAGCUUACGGGACGCGAGACCCUGAUGAUUAUCUGUCAAAUUCGUGGUAUAAAAGAAGAACUGAUUCCUCAACAAAUCGAUGCUAUGGCUGAAUUGCUUCAAUUCACUAGCCACAUUGAUCGUGUCGUUCAUGAAUACAGUGGUGGUACGAAACGAAAGCUAAGCUUCGCAAUUUCGAUUGUUGGAAAUCCAUUAAUCACAUUUUUAGAUGAGCCAACAACCGGAAUUGAUCCAGUAUCACGACGAGGGCUAUGGAAUGCUAUUCGUUUUGUUCGUUCCGGUGGAUCAUCAUUGGUGUUGACAUCACAUUCGAUGGAAGAAUGUGAAGCAUUAUGUGAUCGAUUGGUUAUUAUGGUGAAUGGUCGUAUACGAUGUAUUGGUAGUCCAUUACAUUUGAAACGUAAAUUUGGCAAUGGAUUUAUUGUUCAAAUAAAAUUAGCAAUCAAUACAAAACAAUCAUCACAACAAACAUUGGAUAAUCGUUCCAGAUUGAUUAAUGUUUGUAAAGAAAUUACUUUGCAUAAAUUUAUGGAAAAAAAUUUUGCAUCACGUUUUGAAUCAAACUAUGAAAAUCUAUACACAUAUCAUAUCUAUAAUAAUGAUGUUAAAUUAAGCCAAAUGUUUGACAAAAUUGAAAAAUCACGAAGACAUUUAAAUAUUGAACAUUAUUCGAUUAAUCAGCCAUCAUUGGAAAAGAUAUUUUUAUCAUUCAAUUAUUCCAAAUCAAAGCUUAAAUAA